AUGGCUGUUGAAGACGACAAUUACGACUAUCUUUUCAAGGUUGUUCUGAUUGGCGAUUCUGGUGUUGGAAAGUCCAAUUUACUUUCUCGCUUUUCACGAAACUCUUUUAACUUGGAAUCGAAGACAACCAUAGGAGUGGAGUUCGCCACAAGAACUAUAGAGAUAGAUGGCAAAUUGAUAAAGGCCCAGAUAUGGGACACGGCAGGUCAGGAGCGAUAUCGAGCGAUAACGUCAGCUUAUUAUAGAGGAGCAGUCGGAGCACUUCUCGUAUAUGAUAUAUCAAAAAUGCAAACUCUGGAGUCGUGUGAGCGAUGGCUGCGAGAACUGCGUGAGUUCUCGAACGAGAGCGUGUCAGUGAUGUUGGUCGGCAACAAGCUAGAUCUGCGACAUUUUCGAGCUGUUCCCACUGAUGUUGCAUUGCAGUUCGCCGAGAAGCAUCAGCUGGCCUUUAUAGAGACAUCUGCCUUGGACAGCACAAAUGUCAACGAAGCCUUCACAGAAAUUCUCACUCAUAUCUACAAGACAGUUUCUAGUCGCCAUGUCAACGUAAACUACGAUUUAACGUCGUCGAAGGUCGACAUCACAGCAGCUGCAAAACCCAGCAGAAAAUGUUGCCCCAAAUAA